AUGCAAAUAAAAACAAAGUUUAAUAAAAUAUUAAAAAAAAAUUCAGAUAAAUUUUAUAAUUGUAUAAAUAUUGAUAAUGAUUUAAUACAAAAUAUACAUAAUAUAUAUAAGAAAAAAUGUGAAAUGGAUAGAGAAACCUUGAAUUUAUCAUAUUUAAACGAAUUGUGUGAUAUAAAUUCGUCUAAUUUAAAUAAAAUGUGUGAUAUAAAUGAUAUUUGCGUCUCAUUAAAAUUAAAAUUAAAAAUAAAAAAUAAUAAUGAGUUAGAUAAUAAGAAUUAUUCCAUUUAUUUUGAUAUUAAUCCAGGGGGGAUUAUGUCUAAAAAUCAAAAAAAAAUUUAUUAUCAAUAUAAGCAUACUACUGAAAAAAAUGACGAAUAUUUUGAAAAUUUUCCAAGAGAGGAGAAAAUGAAAUAUUUUUCAUCUUUAUCUUACAAAUUAGCUGGAAAAAUAAUUCAAUAUAAGCAAUCAAAAUAUAAGUUAGUAAAUCUUCUUCAAUCAGCUAUUUAUGGUAGUGUAUACUUAUCUGAAGUAAUUGAAGAUUCAGAUAAAAAUUUAGUUAAUUGUCAGAAAGCUAUAAAAAUAUUAUCAAAGCAUCUUAUUGAAAUGACAAAAGAUAAAGUCCAAGAAGAUCCGUUAUCUGAGUAUUAUUAUAGGGAUACUAUGAGUGGUCAUAGUAAUAUAUUAAGUUGUGAUCAUAUUUUUGAUGAUAAUAGCUAUAUAUAUAUGGUUAUGCCUUUUGCUUUACAUGGAGAUUUAUUUGAAGUUAUGAAAAAUAGAAAUAGAGCUUUUUCAGAAGAAGAAGGAAGAUACUUAUUUUAUCAAAUAUUAUUAGCAAUUAAGUUUCUUCAUUCAAAAAAAAUGGCUUUAAGAGAUAUAUCUUUGGAGAAUGUACUUUUAUUUGAAAAUGAAAAAAAUGGUUUAAUAUAUCCAGUUUUAAAUGAUCCUGGUCAGGCAAUAUAUUUCAAUGUUAAUAAUAAAAAUGAAGUUAUAUUAGAAGAAUAUAAAAAAAUUUUUGGUAAAAUUUUCAGACCACCUGAAAUAUAUGAAAAAUGCAAAUAUGAUCCUACAAAAGUUGAUAUUUUUUGUGCUGGUUAUAUUUUAUAUUUUUGUUUAACUAAGCAUGAAUUAUUUAGAUGUGCUUUAAAUAAAGAUAUUUACUGGAAUUUAUUAAAAAAUAAAAAAUAUGAAGAAUUAUUAAAAGAUAAAAAAGGAUUACAUCUCUCUGAAGAAGUUCUCGAUCUUAUAUUUCAUUGUUUAGAACCAAAUUUUAAAAAAAGAUAUAAUAUUAAUGAAGCUUUAAAUCACUCAUGGUUUAAAGGAAAAUUUUUUCCUAUAUAUAAUUUUAAUUUGUAUUUAAAUGAUGACAUGUCUUAUAAAUAUAAUAGUAGUGAUUUGUUCAAAUUAUCAUUAGAAAUUCAAGAAUAUGCAAAAAAAAAUAAUAUGAAAAUUGACGAAAAUUCUACUAUUCAAUUUUUUAUAUAUGAACAUAUUUUUAUAUCACCUAAUAAAAAUAUGGAAAAACAAAACAAAUACAUCAAUUCUUUAAAAUAUUCACAUAUUAAUAAUAAAAGGGAAAAUGGUGAAGAUAAUAAUUCUGAAAGCAUUUUAACUUCUAAUAAUAAUAAUAAUAGAAGUAAUAAAACUACUGUAAUUAGUAUUAAUAAUAAUAGAUGUUCUAUGAUCACAACCAACAAGAGCGAAGAUACCCUUUAUAUUAAUAAUCAUAUAAACAAUGAUUUCAUCACAAAUAACAGUGACAAUAAUAAUGAUGAUUAUGUUGUUCAUAUUAAUAAUAAUGACAUUCAUUAUAAAAAAUUAUAUAAAAACAACAUGGAUCUUAAUCAAACGUCAAAAAUUAAAAUUUUAAACAAUCACAAAAAAAAUAUAUAUAAAUUAAUUGAAUUAAAAAAAAAAAAAAAAAAGCUGUUUUCUUCUUCAAAAAGUAUCAAUUUUUCAAACAAAAAUUGUAGUUGUAAUAAAGAAAGUGUAAGAAUUUCACAAAAAUCAGAAGAAAAUAUUUUAACUAGAAAAAAAAGAAAUAUAUUUAUUACACCAAGAAAAAAUUAUGAAAAUACCACUUUAAGCUUACUUUUAGAAAAUCAAUUAAAAAGAAAAAACCAAUUAAAUAAAAAUGUGAAAAGUGAGAAAAAUAUUAUAUCAUUAGUAAAACAACAUUUUAAGGAAAAUAUAAACACAACAAACAAUUACGACAACACUAAAUAUAACGAUAAAUAUAAUACAAAUAAGUACACAUUGUUAAAUGAACUUAAAGAAACAAAAAAAAAUCCUUCAAAAGAUACUAAUCAGGAAAUUUUUUUAAAUAAAAGAAAUAUGGUAAAAAAAAAGAAUGAAUUAUUUGAAGAAAAUCAAAAAUAUAAUAUAAUACAUAAUUAUAAAAAUACAAAAAAGAAUAAUAAUUUUGAUAAUACUUCAUAUAGAGAUGAAAUAAAUAACAGUGAAACAGAAGAUAACACAUAUAUUAAAAGUGUUAGUCAUGCUAAAAAUAAUGACAAAAAUAAUAUUUUAUCAAAUAUUCAAAAUGAAAUCAUAAAGUAUGAUCCUUUUGAAUUACACAAAAAGAAAUUUGUACAAAUGAAUGACACUAGUAAAAACAUAGUAAAAGAAAAUAAAUUAUCCAAAUUGUUAAAUGACAAUAUUUUUAAUAACCAAAAAAAAAAAGAUACGAAAUAUUUCAGUUUCCUUUUAAAUGGAGAAAAAUAUAUUAAAAAUAUAUUAAGUAGUAAAAUUAUUUCAUCUCCUAACGAUAAGAAUUCAAAGGAAGAAACACAUAACAAUAUUUUUGAUACUAACAAUAUAAAGGAAAUAGAAACAUUUAACUAUGAAAAUAAUAAUUAUUUAGAAAAAAUAACUAAAAAUGAUAAUUUAAAUAUCUCUUUUAAACAAAACAAUAGGGAAAUAUAUAAUGAGGUAUUAUAUGAAGGAAAAGAAAAUGAAUUAAAUGAAAAAAAAAAAUCAAAAAUUAAUAAUCUCAUGUUACAUAAUAAAAAUCCUAUAGAUAACAUAAUUCUUCAUAAUACAUUAUCUGAAAAAGUUGAUAACAAAAAAGAAGAGAAUAAAAUUUCAAAAAAUGAUGAUUUAAAUAAUUAUAGCUUACAUUAUCUAGAAACAAAAAACAAAUUCAAGCAUUCCAUGUUAAUAAAUAACAAAAUAAAUUCAUGUAAAGAAUCAAUUAUUUUAGAAGAAAAAAAAAAAGAAAAAGAAGAUAAUAAACUAUUUUUUCAAGAAUUAAAGAUUAAAAAUAAAAAUAUGGAUUUAAAGAAUUCAGACAGUCUUAUUGAUGAAAAAAAUUCUUAUAUAAUAACUAAAGAUGAUAUAGAUUUGUUAGGAGAAGUUGAGACUAAUUCAUGUACAAAAAAAAGUUCUAUAGAACAUAUAUUAAAAAACAAAUUUUUAGAUACUUCAAAAAAUAUGAUAAUUGAAUCAAAAAAAAAAUCUCAAGUUGAGUUAAAAGAAAAAAAAUUAAGUAAAAAUUCCCAUAGUAAAUUAGAAAAUUCUAGAUAUAAAUCAAAAGAUAAUUUAGAAAAUGAAGAAAUUAAAUCAAAUGAUGAUUUAGAAUAUGAAGAAAUUAAAUCAAAAGAUAAUUUAGAAAAUGAAGAAAUUAAAUCAAAUGAUGAUUUAGAAUAUGAAGAAAUUAAAUCAAAAGAUAAUUUAGAAUAUGAAGAAAUUAAAUCAAAAGAUAAUUUAGAAUAUGAAGAAAUUAAAUCAAAAGAUUAUUUAGAUUUUGAAUUAGAAAAUGAAUUAGAAUUUGAAUUUGAAAAUGAAUUAGAAAAUGAAUUAGAAAAUGUAAUAAAAAAUGAAGAAAAUAACUUAGAAUGUGAAUCAGAAACUGAUUUUAAUGGAGAAUUAAAUAAUCUAAUAAAUGAAUUAAAUGAUAAAUUAAUUGAUGAAAUAGAAAAUAGUUAUAAUCAACAGGAAACUGAAUCAAAAGAGACACUUGAAAAUAAAUUAAAAGACGAACAUAAAAAAAUAUUAGAAAAUGAAUUAAAAAAAAAACCAAAGGAUGAGUUACAAAAUGACUCAUUAAAUGUAAUGAAAAAUGGAUUAGGUUUCUCAUUUAAAAAUUCCAUUUCUGAUAAAUAUGAUAAAAUGUUAAUACAUAAAGAAAAACUGUAUAUAGAUAAAAAAAAGUUAAAUAUGAUAAAUGAUGAUGAUUUUUUCUUCAGUAAAUCAAGAAAUAAAUUAUGUACUAUGAGUAAUGAAAAGAAAAGAAAUUUAUCAUCCAAAAUACAAAUAAAAGCAAAAUCUAUUAAUAAAACUAAAAGAGGAAACUAUUCCUUUAAUUCAGAUAGAAAAAAUAAAAUUGUAACAUCUGACAAAUUCCUUUUCAAUACCAAAAAGUAUAUCUAUAAUAACAAUUUGAAGAAUGAUAAUUAUGAAAACAUUUCUACCAAAGUCAUUCCAAAAAAAAACUAUUCUUCUCUUAUUAAUUUAAAUAAAUUAGAAUCAGAUAAUUAUAAUAAAAGAAAUGAAAAUAAUGUUAACGAAAUGCCUAUUAUUAUUAAUGAAUACAAAAAUAAGAAAAGUUACCAAAAAAUCAAAUUACAAACAAAUGAAAUUAAUAAAAAAAACAUUUUAGGACGUCAUACUAUAUCUGAAUCGCCAUUAAUAUGUAUAAAUAAAAAAAACAAUAAUAUUACAAAUGAAUUAGAAUCAAUUAAUAGAACAAAUAAAAUUAUAGAUAACAUAAAAGGAGAUAAGAUGUCUUUAAUACAUAAUUUUAGAAAUACUGUUGGAGUUUCACAUCUUAUAAAAAAAGGAGAUAUUAGUAAAAUAAAAGAUUUAAAAAUACCACAAAAUCCUAGUAUUCAUUUAAUCAAAGAAAAUUAUAAUAAAAAGGGAUUUUUGAAAGAUAAUAUAUUAAAAGAUAAUACAAAAAAUAGAAGAAGCAUUUUAAAUAUAUCAAACAAAACUAACUUAAAAAACGUAAAUUUGAAAAUUAAAAAAAAUAAAAGUGUUAUUAACAAAAUUCUUGUUGAAGAGAAGACAUCAAAUUGUAAGGAAAAACUAAAUUUAGAAAAUAAUAAAAAUAUAUCAAAUAAAAAAAAUAUUGAACAAAUAUGUAAAAAAAACUUUAACGUUGAUAUAAAUCUUAAGUCUAUAAAAAAAAGAAAAAGAAUUAUAGAAAUACAACAAGCUAAAAUUUCUAAUGAAUUAUUAGAUUUUCCUCUUGAAGAAAUUAAAGAGUCAAAUUUUGAAAAGUUAAAAAGUUCAAAAAAUAGAUAUUCAGUGAAUGGAGAUAAUAAAUUAACUAGAGAAGAUUUAGACAAAAAUAAUAAUGAAAACAUUAAAAAUAAAAUUACUAUUAAUUUAAAUGAUAAUACUAAUAAGAUGAAUGAUGGAAAAAAUGUUAAUGUAAAUGAAUUUAAUGAUAUAAGUAGUUACGAUUGCGAUAUAAUAAUGAAUAAUAAAAAUAAAAAUGAGACUUUUCAUGAAAAAAAAAUUCUCAAUUUUGAAAGUAGGAAUAAUAUAAAUGAAAUGAAUAAUAUUAAAGAAAAUAAUUUAAAGUAUUCUGAUAAGUGGGAUUUUUCAAAAUAUACAAAAAAAGGUAUUCAAUCAAAUAAAGCAAAUUACAAAACCUCAAAAGUUUUAUUAAAACCUAUAAAAAACAGGCAAACAAUAGUUUACCCAAAUAUUACACCUAAUAAUGCUACGAAAAAAGAUCCUCUGUUAAUAAAGAGAAAUUCUAAUGUUCAUUAUGAAUCAACACAUAAAAUUAAAAAUAUAAAAAAAGUAAUAGAUGAAAAAACAAAAAAUGAUAAUAAAUUAAACUUGAGUAAUAAAUCGAUAUUAGAAAAUUUUUUGAAUGAAAUGAAUGAAAUUUUUGAAAAGAAGAAUAAAGAAAAGAAAUUGAACCCUAUAAACGAUAAUAAAGAUAUAAAAAAUAAAAAAGAAAAUAACAAAAUUAUAGAAAUUCAAAAAAUAAUAGAAAUUUCUCAUUUGAGAAAAACUGAUACUUCAAUGAAUAUUAAAAACUCAUCAAAUAAAAAAGGUAAAAUUAAUAGAACUACUCAAAUGUUAAAUCAAAUAUACCUAAAAAAAAAUGAAAACAAUAAAUCCAAAAGUUCUUUACUUAAAAAUGGUAUAAAAAAUAAAGAAGAUAAAAUAAAAAAGAAUAUUUCAUUGGGAGAAACAUCUAAUUUACUUCAAACCAAAAUAGAAAACAAGAAAAGUAAUUUAGAAUUAUUUGAUAAAAAUUUUAAUGAUUUAAAAAAAAGAAAAACAUAUACAACUUAUUUUAAAAAGGAUAUAAAGAAUAGAAUAAAUAAUACAGAAAAGAGAAUAAAUUCAGACUAUAAUAAAACAAAGGAAGAAAUUAUUAAUGAAAAUGAAAAAAAAAAUAACAAUUUUAAUAAAAAAAAAGAAGAAAAUGCCUCUUCUAAUUUUGAGGAAAAAAAUUUUUUUUUGAAAAAUACCGUUGAAAUAGAUAAAGAUGCUAUCAAUGAAAAAAAUAAUUUAGAAAAUUUCUCUGAUUUUUUAAAUGAGACUACAAGUAAAAAAGAAAACUUUUUAAAUCAUUUCAAUAAUUCUAUUAAUGGACAUAGUGGUGAUCAUAUUGAAAGGAAUGAAAUUAAUAAAAAUGAUAAUAAUAAUAAUAAUAUUUAUUACAAAAAUAAUGAAAAUAAUAUUGUAAAUAACAAUAAAAACUAUGAAAUAUGUAGUAUCAAAAAUGAUGAAGUUAAUAAAAAUGACAAAGAGAAUAAUACCCAGAAUAACGAAAUCAACAAAAAUAAAAAAAAUAGCAUUAGUAAUAUCAUUUCUAAUGGUAAUUAUAACUUUUAUGCAAACAAAAAAAAUUUGCAAGGAGAUUAUAAAGUUUAUAAUGAUAGUGAUGAUUUAAAAGUUAAAAAUAAAAGUAAACAUAUAAAAUUACUAUCUCAAUCAAAGGUUGAAAUAAACAACUCUUUGUAUGAAUAUCUUUCUGUUAAAGAAAAAAAUAAAAUUAUUAAAGGACGAAACACUUUUAAUAUUUCUUCAACAGAAUUAAAUAAAAAUAAUAUGUCAACUUACUUUAAAAAUGAUAAAAUUAAUUUUAAUUAUGUAAACACUAAUAAUUCUAGUGAAAAUCCAUAUUAUAAUCAUUUAAAAGAAUUAAAAAGUUUUAAUAAUAACUUAAAAAAAAAUUUAUAUUUAAAUAAAUUAAAAGUAUCAAAUCAAAAUAAAUUAUCUAAAUUGAAAAGCUUUUUAAAUUAUAAUAAAAUAGAAAAUAAUAAAAUAUUUUUAAAUAAUAUGCAAACAAAUUUUAUGAAAAAUAAUAAUGAAAAUGAUAAAUUAUUAGUGAAACCUAAUUUAUUUUUAUUAAAUGAUAAAACAAACUAUAACAAAUUAGGAAAUAUAAUUAACAAAAUAUCUGAUACAGGAAAAUUACAGCACAAAAUUAAGACAAGAGAAUAUUCAGAAAAUUUGACUCCUUUAAAUAUUAGCAAUUUAAAAAAUUACAAUACCAAUGAUAUAUAUGAAAAUAAAGAUAAUAAAAAUAAUAGUAUAAAUAAUUAUUUAAUAAAAAUAGAAGAAAAAAAAAAUCAUAAUAAUAAUAAUAAUAAUGGUAGAAUUAACAAUAAUAUUUAUAAUAGAAAUAGUGAACUAUAUUUAAGGAAUGGAAUUAAUUUAAAUGUAGAAAAUUUUAUUUUCAAUAAAAAUAGAAAAACUUCUAAAUCAGUUAAAAUAGAUAAAUCAUAUUUUAAUUUAAUCAAUAAAAAUGUAUCUUGUGUUAAAGAUAUUAAUAACAAACAUAUUCAUCAAUAUUUAAAAAAUAAAUUACAAAAUAAUGAUACCUCAAAUGAACAAUUUCAAAUAAACAAUAAGACAAACAGUAUAUCCAAAAACAAUGAAAUUAUAUUGGAGAAAAAUUCUAAAGAUAUCCAUUCUAAUAAUAUUUAUCUAAAAUCUAAUACAAAUAAUGCAAAGGUAAAACCUCUAUUAUAUAAAAGCUUAAAAAAAGAAGAUUUACCAUAUUCACAAAGUACUAUAAAUAAAGUUAAUAGUUGCAUGAAUUUUAAAGAAACAAAAAAUGAUAUUGUAUCUGAAAAUCAGAAACAAACAAAUAUACAGCAUAUUUUUAAUGAAGAAAAUAAAAAAUAUAAUAAUUACAUAAAUAAUACAAUAAAUUUAAAUCCCACAAGAUUAUCCUUAAAUUUAAAUAAAAUUCCUUAUAUGAAUAAUCAAGUUGAAUCUAGUAAAAAUAACUUUUUUACAGGAUUUCAAGAAAAAAAAAAUAUAAAAAUCAGCCAAAAUAGAAAAAAACAAAUUGUCGUUGAUUUAAAUAACAAAAUAAACGUAUGUGAAAAUGUAAAAAGGAAUAUCAAUGAAGAUGAAAAUAAAGAAGUUCAUAUUAAAAAUAAAUAUAAUGAAAUGAUUAAUAUAAAAAAGAAUGAAAUUAAAACAGAAAAUAUUAAUACUUACAAUAAUGAUUUAUUAUAUAAAAAUAAACCGCUUUAUAUAGAUAAAAAAAAUGAAGAUUUAUUAUCAAAAAGUGUAAGAUUAAUUAAUAAUUUACAGAUUAAAAAGGAAAAUAAAAAAAACGAUAAUAUAUAUUACCAUUCACAAAAUAAAAAUGAUAUUAAUAAAAUAGAUAUAAAUAAAAAAUAUAAUAAUAAAAAUAAUGAAGAUAAUAUAGAAAGUAAAUCAAAUUUAUUACAAAAUGGAAACGAUAGGAAGAAUAAUACAAUUGUCAAUAUUAAGCAACCAUUUUAUUUAAAUAAAAUAUUAAAUAUUAAAGAAUAUAUGCGCAAUAGUGUUUUAUAUCAUACAUCUAAUAAAAAUAGUUGUAUAAAUCAAAAAGAAAAUUGUCAAAAAAUUUCAAAUAAAAAUAAUAAUUUCGUAAAUUUAUUGAAUAAUCAUAUUUUAUCUUCUAAACUCUCUAGUAUUUUAUUUAGUAAAAAUAAUGAUAACAUUAACAAAACCACAUAA